AUGUCCAACGUGCGGUCGAUGGCUGCACGUGCAACACAAGAGCGGGAUGGCUCAGUCAGACGAAGCCAUGGUGAAGACAGCGGGACACACCAUAUUGCGCGCACGCUGAGAGUGCACCCUCUGCCCACGCAAAUUCCUGAAGCUCGUCUCAAGAGCGAUCCUCUGACUGCCCUCAAGCGGUUCCAUUCGCGCGAAGGGAUCGUGCAUACCGGCCAUGCCACGGAGUUCAGCGUGGAACAGUUGAGUUUGAAGGUGAGGGAUUUGUUGCAGGCACUCAGUCAAGUAUGGGAGAACAACACGACGCCAAAUUCGACGCUGCAAUUCAGGGCAGACAAGAAUUUCGUGCUUUCCACGAAGAUCAUCUACUACGGAGUCGCCACGAAGAAGAGCCGUAACUUCGGGGGCCCCUUAGUUUUCUUCGUCACCUCAUCACGAAUUUCUCAAGGCUCCAUCCGCCAAGCCUCGGACAACGUCCCACCUGCGUCCUUCGUCGCCAUCCCAGACGUCCGGGUACUCGACGACUAUGUCCCUCUGAACUCCACUCCCAACAUCUCCCCAGACGCAGUGCCAUUUGAGACCCUGCUGAUAUCCGACCAUGUCAGCCCCGAUGAGGGAGGCGUAGCCUCAGUUGCUCUGCUGCACGCGGAGAACGCUUCCGCUCUGUGUCUUGCCAAGUUCGCUCCCAUCGCACUUAGACUGACGCCUCGCUAUCACAUAUCUGACGCGGGAGAGGGCGGUCUCGGGCUGUUUGCGACCACGAAUAUCGCCCGAGGCGAGCUUGUCUUACGGGAACGGCCGCUCAUCGUGUACCCGCAGAUGCUCCCCUUCUAUAGCACUCGACCCGCUGGCCAGCAGUACCCCGAGCUCGAACGUGCGAUGGAACUUAUGUCAACAGACAAGCAGGAGGCAUUCUUCGGGCUCAUGAACGCCCAGCAGGAGGAGCCUUCGCUCGUCAAGGGUAUCAUCGACACGAACGCCCUGUACGUCGGCUCGCUUCCUGGUGCCCCACACCAGUACGCCGGCGUUUGCGAGCACAUCUCGCGAAUCAACCACAGCUGUUCCCCCAACGCGGCCUACCGGUUCGACCUCGCCGCCUUCGCCUUCGAGGUCCGUGCGCUCUUUCCCAUCCGCCCAGGCGAGCAAGUCUCCAUCGCAUACACCGACCCCGCCCUCCCGCGCGCGGCACGCCAGCACGCGCUGCUCUCGUCCUACGGCUUCACCUGCGCCUGCCCCGCGUGCUCCCUCCCCAGCGCGGCCCUGUCCCUCAGCGAGAUGCGGCGCCGCCUCAUUGCGCGCGCUGACGCCGACGCCGCGGCGCGCGACGCGGCGCUCGCGCGGUGGGCAUGCACCCCGUCGCUGCCGGACGCGCACGGCGCAGCGGGGGACGCGACGUACGUGGGCAUGUUCGAGGCGGAGCGGCUGUACUACGAGCCGGUCUGGGAGGGCUUCGUGGGGCGGCUGUGCAGGGCGGCGUGUGCGCGCGGGGACGCGGAGGGCGCGCAGGGGUGGGCGGCGCUCGCGGCGGACGUGUGCCGCGCGUACAUGGGCGAGGGGAGGGGGUGGGACGCGGUCGCUGCGGGGCCGGAGCGGACGGGCUGGUGGGGGGUGCGGGCGAGGGCGGUGGAGGAGGCCGCGCGGGAGAGACGGGAGAGAGGAGACGAGGACGAGCUGCAGGAGCGCACGGGGGCGGACGGAGCUUAACAGCUGGAUGUUCGCCUUGGAUGGCAGCGCCGCGUUUCCUCUGCUCCGUCGUGGGCGUUUUCUCAGCCCGCCUGGAGGAUCCAGAUCUGUGCCUGUCAAGAACUCUCCGACAUCGGACGCUGGAGGGUUGCCAUAAGGAGGAUGCGGUUUCGGGUGGCGGUGGCCAGUCGAAGAAGGAAACGCUGGUUUACGCUCUCGACCGCAUGGUGCCUUACAUCAUCUAGAGAGACCGGUAUAUUGCCGUUGUUCACGCUGAAGAGACCGUGUGAGCAUCCGCUCGUCCUGCGUCUCUUCGAACUGCCCUCUGCAUUGCGUCGCGCCAGCACCCCCGCCUGCGGUCCCUGCCGCAUGUUGGAGCCUGACAUUCAUUAGGCGUUAAUCUUACUCGGACGUCCCGCAUAUCAAACGAUGGCGAUACCGUCGUCCUUGCUUUCCCAUUUUCUCAGUCUCAUCUACCGUCGUCCUCCCACAGGCGUCUCGUGAGCCUUCCUCAGCACCUACUCGUCUCAGCAUGACAGGCGUGCACUGCUCGAGUCCUGUCCGAGGGCCAUCCCACCCACCCGCAGCGCACGCACGUCGGCCGGCCAUUC